UUUUUAAUAUUUUUCGUAUUUUUAUUUUUGAAUUUCGAAAAUGUUUUUGAAAUUAUUUUAAAAAUUUUACUUUUAAAAUUUUAAUAUUUAUUUUAAAAAGAUUUUAAAUCCCACUUUAAAACCGUACCUUUUAACUCUAAACCCAAAAUAUAGUGUUAGUUAACCCUAUGGGUAUAAAGAUAUAUUUACCCUUCAAUAAAAAAAAAUUUGUCAUUUUUAUUCAGGGGCUCUUUUGUAAAAACAAAAUAAAACACAUAUAUCUUGGGAAAUUCCUCUUAGUUCUUUCUGCCUGAGGGUUUUUAGUAUUUGGUGAAUUUUAAUUAUUUUCUUUUUCUUGAAGAGGGGAAGAGGAGAAGUUGGGGCUAUGUUUAUUAUCGGAAUAUCUUGAAAAAGUUAGCAUAUGAUUUUUUUAACGUUUGAUUAAUUAUGCUAUUACAACGAUGAGAAAUAUUACAUAGACGAUUAUACAGCCGACAAUUCUACCAUCAUAUGAGAAUGCACGUCUGACUGCAUCACUCCGAGCCGCCCUAUGAGAUCCAUGUUCGAUGAUACGCCUUGCACCAUGCUGAAGACCUCUUGUAACUUUUUUUCACCAUAAUCUGCAUAAUUUGCGUUUUCUGGGGUUUGAACCCCAGACCUCCUGGUGUAGAAACAUUAAUGAACCCUUAGUAAAACCACUAGACUAAGAGGCUUCCACAGUCAGCAUAUAAUUCUAGAAUAGCUUUUUCUUUUGUUGAUUUAAUUUUUUUGGUUCCAGUUCAUUCUACAAGGUUUUGUUGGUUUUGGGUUUAAAAGUUAAUCAAUAUGGGUUGGUUCAGUUUUGCCAUAGUUAGGUCAAUCUGUUAAAGUAAAUAUGUAAUUAAAAUAAAACAAAUCAGCACAUACUAAUUAAGUUUAUCAAACAAAUUUGUGGGAAAAGAAACAAAUAUGUGAAAAAUAAAAUAUAUCAAAAUUAAUUAAAUAUAGGGAAAUAAUGAAUUAAUAUGUAGAAAAUAUAUAAGUAUGGUAUAAUUAAGUAAAUUUUAUGCUAAAAUAUGAGAAAUUUGCGAUAGUUUGUUAAAUCUGUCAAAUUAAGUAAUAUAUGACUAAAAUAAACAAAACUGUUAUAAUUUAAUUUUGUCAGAAUUAAAUAAAUCUGUAACAAAAACAAAAAAAACUUGCGAAAAACUCUUUUCAGAACUUAAUUAAUAAAUUUGUCAAAAUCAAAUAAAUUUUUGGCAGAAAAGAAAUAAUUCUAUCGACAACUGACGUUGAAAAGUUAAAUACUGUAUUUGUUUUCAUGAAAUGUAUUUUUUUUUAUGUUUCCUAAGUUGGAAAUCUGAGUAGUAAUGAGUUUCUUCUAAAAAGGUUUUUCAUAGUAAAUGAUUUAAUGCUACAAUAUAUAUCAGAAAUGGAUCAAUAAAUAAAAUAAAAUAAAAUAAAAUAAAAGAUGAUCUAGUAGUAAAAUAAUGCUGUGAUGCCAAACAAUUUUUUACCCAGCUUUUAAUGCAAAUUUCUAAACAAACCGCCAGUUAUAAACCUAUUGCUUUAACGAUUAAUAGAAAAUAAAAAUUAUGUAAUAUAUUUAUAAGAGGUAUAGUCGAAAUUUUAAUAUGCUUUUUGAUAUUUUAAAAAACCUUCAAUGAACUUGGGGUUUAAAUCUAUCAAAAAUAUCAAAAUAAUUAUUAUAUAACAAAUCAUGCCAUCCUCAAUAGUCAAUUACUAAAUACUAACUGAAACGGUAAAGUAAGGAUUUUCUUAACAAGGCAAGUAUUUAAUAGUUGAGAUAUUUCUGUUAUACAUAUUUAUUUGUAAAUACGUUACAACUGAAAUUAAUGUAUACACGAUCCUAUAAUGGUAUACCAAAAUAAUUCUUAAAGUUAUUUCUCUCAAAAUAAAACGGCUUAUAAUAAAAUCAUGUCAUGUAUAAAUACUACUUACUCCCCAUCAAUUAUUAUAACACAAGAAAAUAAAAAAUACUAUGGCUUUCUCAAAGAAUCAUAGCUUUCUUUUCAUGUUAUUCCCAAUUCUAUUGAUUCUUGUGACGAUGUCAUUUGCUUCUGCGGGGCUUUUACCUUUCUCUGCAAAACAUGUUGUGAUUAUAAAUAAACUUGUAACACGUGCAACAUUAAUUGUGCACUGUACAAACAAAGAGGAAGAUAAGGGAGUGAUUUCACUCGGACCCGGAGAUAGCUUUGAUUUUAGAUUUCGUGUUAAUCUUCUUAAAACAACAGUAUACACUUGUAGUUUUGCUUGGCCUGGCAACACAGCAACAUUUGAUAUUUUUAGAGCUGAUAGAGAUGAUAAUCCGAGAAGCAAAGUUGGAGUUUGCAGCGAAUGUAUUUGGAGCAUCUAUGAACCAGCACCAUGUAGAGAUAGACGUGAUGGAGGUCAACCUAACUGUUUCCAAUGGGCUUCUUGAAUAUUUCAUCGUAUCUUCUUAUUUUGUGUUUUGUUGUAUGACAAAUAUUAAUAAAAUAAAUAAAGAAGUCUCGUGUUUUUGAAUUCAUUUUCCCAUAUUUAUCACGUUGUAUUUUUGCGAUCAAAUACAUAUAUGAUAUAUCUUUUUUUGAACUAUUAUUGCAUUAAAUAAAAUAUGAAAGGGUAGCAAAAGUGGCAAUAUGUUUAGGGAUACCUUUCUUAAUCUGGAUGAGAGAGUACCAUGAGUCCAUGACACUAAGAUGAAA